AGUCCCGCUUCCAUUGCUUGGCAUUUGUGCCCAGCUGCGGUCACACUUUAAAUUCAACUCGUUUUUUAUAUUUUUGCCGGUUUUCACCGCAAAAUAAAAAAUAAAUAGGAAAGUACUGAUUAUACUUGCUUAUCAGUGGAGUGUUCUUGGGUAGCAGAGCACGCAACAACAGCAACAAUGAAAACUGCAACUCAUUGCGCAGUUUUGAUUUUCGUCGCGAUUAUCGCAGCCUGCAGUGCAGCCGACGGAGGGGAACGCCCCUAUAGACGUAGCUUCAUCAACCCGUAUCCACGUUACAAAUUCUACGAGGAUGGCGUCGAUCCCGGCGAGCCGCUGUUCCUCACUCCCCUCAUCCACAAUUCGUCCAUGCCCAGGGAGCAGGUGCAGAAGUUGGCCCGUGUUGUGGGCUCGCAGUAUCAUGGCGUGGAGAGCUAUGCGGGAUAUCUGACGGUGGAUAAGGGAUUCAAUUCGAACAUGUUCUUUUGGUACUUCCCCGCGGAGCAGGAUGCUGAUUAUGCCCCAGUAGUGUUGUGGCUUCAGGGCGGUCCCGGGGCCUCGUCCCUCUUCGGGCUGUUCACGGAGAACGGGCCGCUGGAGCUGGAUGCCCAUAGCAAGCUGCAGAAACGCAACUACACCUGGAGCAAGACGCACAAUCUGAUCUACAUUGACAAUCCGGUGGGCACGGGUUUCAGCUUCACGGACAAGGACGAGGGCUAUGCUAAAAACGAAAAGGAUGUCGGUCGCAAUCUGCACGAGGCUGUUAUGCAGCUGUACGAGCUUUUCCAGUGGAGCAACUCAAGUGGCUUUUGGGUCACUGGUGAGUCCUAUGCUGGAAAAUAUGUCCCAGCGCUGGCGUAUCACAUCCACAAGGUGCAGAAUGCCAUCGAGACGCGCGUCUAUGUGCCGCUAAAGGGCGUGGCCAUCGGCAACGGGCUGUCGGAUCCACUGAAUCAGCUCAAGUACGGCGACUAUCUCUAUCAACUUGGCCUCAUCGACGACAAUGGCCUGCAGAGCUUCCAUGCUGCCGAGGAAAAGGGUGCCUCCUGUAUCAAGAACCACGACAUGGAGUGCGCCUUCAAUGUGUUCGAUUCCCUCAUCAACGGAGACCUCACCAAUGGCUCGCUCUUUAGCAAUCUCACGGGCUACAAUUGGUACUACAACUACCUGAAGACGCACGACAAUUCGAGCGAGAAUCUGGGAAAAUUCCUGCAGGCCGGUGAAACGCGUCGCUCCAUUCAUGUGGGCAACAAGCCCUUCCACGAUCUCGAUAAGGAAAACAAGGUGGAGCUGCACCUGAAGCUCGACGUGAUGGAUAGUGUGGCCCCCUGGAUAGCCGAACUGCUGGCCCACUACACGGUGUGCAUCUACAGCGGCCAGCUGGACAUCAUUGUCGCCUAUCCGCUGACCCGCAACUACCUCAAUCAUUUGAAAUUCCCAGGCUCCAAUCGGUACAGAGUGGCCCCACGCGAGAUUUGGCGCAUUCACGGAGAGGUGGCUGGUUAUGUGAAACACGCCGGCCAUCUGGUGGAGAUAAUGGUGCGCAAUGCCGGCCACAUGGCUCCACACGAUCAGCCCAAGUGGCUCUACGAGAUGAUCACCCAUCUCACGCACUACAAGCAUUAGCUUUACUCAGUCCGAGAUUACUUAAAAUUUGAUUUUUAAUCGAAUUCUAUAUUUGUUCUAUACUUGAUAUUAUCUUAAAUAAAUCAUCUUGAGUUUA